AUGGGUGCUUAUCAUCCAGCUCAAAACCAGCAGCAAAAGCAGACAACUCUUGCAUGGGUUGGUUUGUCAAGGGUCAGCCUCCUUCAAGACUGUGACUUGCAUGGCAUCUGUUUUGAGGCAGUGCAGCAUGGAUGCUCAAUGGCAUUGGCGCCAUUCUACAGAGUUGCCAAGAUGGCCGUGUAUUUUCCCUGCGCCGGUGAGAGUUUUCUUGGCUUGCUUUUAAGCUGUGCUGUCAACAGAUUUGCCAACAGUAGCGUGACUGUCCGCCUAGCCUUGAGAUUUCUGUAUCCAGGUUGCCAGACGCACCCCAUUUGUGCAUUUUGUAGUGCUCCUCCUGUCACUAUUCUGCUAACCUUCCUAGUGGUGACUGGAUAG